CAGGUCGAUCAGAUCCCGAUCUUCAACAAGAAGGGAACUCAGUACUUCAUGGAUGUGGGCGUCGGAACCCCCAAACAGCCCUUCACCGUCAUCUUCGACACCGGAUCGGCUGUCUUUGGCGUCUUCGUGGUGAAGCAUGACCUCCCCAUGUCGAUCAGAGCUCAGCUGCCCGACGAUAUGAUCUCCACGAGCCUCUACAUGCUCGAGCAGAAAUCUUCGUCGACCGCGACUCUUCCGCUUGCUGGCGUGACCAACACGAAGUUUGCUGCUGGCGUUGUCAUCUUCAACCUUUGCAUGGUCGCCCUUGUGUUGAUCUACAGAAGAAAACGACGAUCAGUGCAGUAUGAUACGAUUUCGCAUGACGACUGUUGAGAUUUAUCGAGGACCCCCUUAAGAUUUUGAAAUCGUUGCAUCAAGAUAUUGUUUUUGAUAUUCUGUUGCAUUAUUAUUGCAGAUGUUGAUUUCACUUGGCAAGAUUAAACAUAACUGAAUC